AUGGCGACGUCUAAUCUGCUAAAGAACAAGGGGUCCCUGCAGUUUGAGGACAAGUGGGACCUGAUGAGACCCAUUGUCCUCAAGCUGCUCAGACAGGAGGCCGUCACCAAGCAACAGUGGUUCGACUUGUUCUCAGAUGUCCAUGCUGUGUGCCUAUGGGAUGAUAAAGGUCCUGCCAAAAUCCACCAGGCUCUCAAAGAGGACAUCUUAGACUUCAUCAAACAAGCUCAGGCCCGGGUGCUGAGCCACCAAGACGACACGGCGCUGCUGAAGGCAUACAUCGUGGAGUGGAGGAAGUUCUUCACCCAGUGUGACAUCCUGCCCAAACCCUUCUGCCAGCUGGAAAUCACGCUGAUGGGCAAGCAGGGCAGCAACAAGAAGACCAACAUGGAGGACAGCAUCGUCCGCAAGCUGAUGUUGGACACAUGGAAUGAGUCCAUCUUCUCCAACAUCAAGAGUCGUCUUCAAGACAGCGCCAUGAAGCUGGUUCACGCCGAGAGGCUGGGAGAGGCCUUCGACUCCCAGCUGGUCAUCGGAGUACGAGAAUCUUACGUCAACCUGUGCUCCAACCUGGAGGACAAGCUACAGAUCUACAGGGAUAACUUUGAGAAGGCCUACCUGGACUCAACAGAGAGGUUCUAUAGAACCCAGGCCCCGUCCUACCUCCAACAGAAUGGAGUCCAGAACUACAUGAAAUAUGCAGAUGCCAAGCUGAGAGAGGAGGAGAAGAGAGCACUUCGAUACCUAGAGACCCGUCGUGAAUGUAACUCGGUUCAAGCUCUCAUGGAAUGUUGUGUGAAUGCUCUGGUGACCUCGUUUAAGGAGACAAUCCUCGCAGAAUGCCCAGGGAUGAUCAAGCGCAAUGAGACGGAGAAGCUGCACCUGAUGUUUUCUCUGAUGGACAAAGUUCCCAGCGGGAUCGAGCCCAUGCUGAAAGACCUAGAAGAGCACAUUAUCAAUGCUGGGCUUGCAGACAUGGUGGCCGCCGCGGAGACCAUCACCACGGAUUCAGAGAAGUACGUGGAGCAGCUGCUGACCUUGUUUAACCGCUUCAGUAAGCUGGUGAAGGAGGCCUUCCAGGACGACCCCCGCUUCCUGACCGCCAGAGACAAGGCAUACAAGGCCGUUGUCAACGACGCCACAAUAUUUAAACUGGAGCUGCCUUUGAAACAAAAAGGAGUGGGUCUGAAGACCCAGCCUGAGUCCAAGUGUCCUGAGCUCCUGGCGAACUACUGUGACAUGCUCCUGAGGAAAACCCCCCUCAGCAAGAAACUCACUUCUGAGGAAAUAGAGCUUAAACUUAAACAAGUGCUCUUGGUAUUAAAGUAUGUCCAGAAUAAAGACGUGUUCAUGCGUUACCACAAGGCUCACCUGACCAGGCGUCUGAUCCUGGACAUCUCAGCAGACAGUGAGAUAGAGGAGAACAUGGUGGAGUGGCUCAGGGAAGUGGGCAUGCCGGCUGACUAUGUCAACAAGCUAGCGAGGAUGUUUCAGGAUAUCAAAGUCUCAGAGGAUCUUAACCAGGUCUUCAAAGAGAUGCACAAACACAACAAGCUGGCACUGCCAGCGGACAGUGUGAACAUUAAGAUCCUGAAUGCGGGGGCGUGGUCACGGAGCAGCGAGAAAGUCUUUGUCUCCCUGCCGACCGAACUGGAGGACCUGAUCCCUGAGGUGGAGGAUUUCUACAAGAGGAACCACAGCGGACGCAAACUCCAUUGGCACCACCUCAUGUCCAAUGGCAUUAUCACCUUUAAGAACGAGGUUGGCCAAUAUGACCUUGAGGUGACGACCUUCCAGCUGGCGGUGCUGUUUGCGUGGAACCAGAGGCCUAGAGAAAGGAUCAGCUUCGAGAACCUCAAACUUGCCACAGAACUACCAGAUGCAGAGCUACGGCGCACACUCUGGUCGCUGGUCGCCUUCCCUAAGCUGAAGAGGCAGGUGCUCUCCUAUGAGCCUCCGGUCAGCUCUCCCAAAGACUUCACCGACAGCACCCUCUUCUACGUCAACCAGGAGUUCUCGCUCAUCAAAAACUCCAAAGUCCAGAAGCGGGGAAAGAUUAAUCUGAUUGGUCGCCUGCAGCUGACCACCGAGCGGAUGAGAGAGGAGGAGAAUGAAGGAAUUGUUCAGCUCAGGAUUCUGAGAACUCAGGAGGCCAUCAUCCAGAUCAUGAAGAUGAGGAAGAGGAUCAGUAACGCCCAGCUGCAGACGGAGCUGGUGGAGAUCCUGAAGAACAUGUUCCUGCCCCAAAAGAAGAUGAUCAAGGAGCAGAUCGAGUGGCUCAUCGAGCACAAGUACAUUAAGCGGGACGAAGCUGACAUAAACACCUUCAUCUACAUGGCUUAG